CACGUUCAACUUUCUUAUUACCACCUAAGUUAGAUGAUGGCACACAAAUUUCAUCGUGGGCAUAGAAGUAUGGCUGAUAAAGAGAUGCUAGAAGUGUGUUCAGCGAUCGACUCAGACGAAGAUCGUGAUGUUGUAGCUGAAGUUGACUACACUGAAGGGAGAACUUCCGAGGACGAAUUCCCGCCACAAGUUUAUAAAAAGACAGCAAAGAAAAGCCGCAUGAUUAUGGAAGGAAAACGAAUGACAGCUUUUAAUGCUUUCUGUAGUGAAAAAAGGAAAGGAAACCCCGGUGCUGGCUUUCGGAUGACGAUGUGGGCCAGAGAGUGGCAUCAACUAAGCUGUGAGGCCAAGAAAUAUUAUAAAGAGAAGGCCCAGGCUUUAGGAAAGAAAUGUGCUGCAGUAAACUCCCUUUGGAAGAUAAAGAAACUGAUAAACAGCCUUGAAGGCACAAGUGACAGGGAAGCUCUAGGGAUUCAAGCCAUAGGCCUUGUGAUAUUAAAAAAUGGCACUCUGGACGCUUAUGGCUUUGGUGGACUUCAAAACUGCCUGAAGGAUAUGGCCCUACAUCUAAAACUGUUAGGGCUCAGCACAGGAGGGGACAUGGCUAAUAUUAAAAAAAGCACUAUUGACGAAUUGCGCAAGCAAGCUCAAAGAAAAAUGUCAAAAAUUGCAAAAGAGCAACUGGGACUAAACCAGUUUCCCUACAAAAGGGUUCAGAAGGGAGACUUUAUUUUAUCAGGUAUUCCUCCCUCGCUUCUUCCGCUGCAGCCUGCUGGGAAGCUGGCCAUUAAAGAUCUGGAAGAGCUCCUUGCAGCACAUAUAUCUGUCUCGAGAGUACCAGCUGCACGGCAGGCCAAAGGCACAGACUUGCCACAGGCUGUUGCAGUUCAAGUCACAGAGUUGCCGCAGGAAGCUGUAGUGCAAGUCAUAGAUAUGCCACAAGAAGCUGCAGUGGAAGUCUGUGACUCACCACAGGAGGCGGUACGAAACCUGAACUUGCUACCACCCAGCCACAACAGUCUUCCAAAAAGAGUCCCAACAUCCAAGGCAGAAAAUACGGCCAAAAAACCAAGAAAGGAAUGGGAUGAAGAAGCUCUGAAAGCAGUUGAAGAGCUACUGCAUGGACCACCUGUAGGGCUUCACCAGCUGGAGGAGCUGAAAGGACAGAUUCCAGCACUGACCAAAUUUUCUGCAAUGCAGAUUUAUGUAAAAUUAUAUAGCAGAAAGCAAUGAAAAAAAAUGUGAUUACACACGACUUGCUCAUUGUACACAUGAUGUUUGCCAUAUACAUCUUUACGACACGGAUGUUUUCGUGAAUGAAACAGCCAACAAAGCUACUGCUAAUAAUAAUAACUUACAAUGCUCUUUUAUAUCCAUGAAGGCGUACAGAAAGUCACAAUCCACAAGGAAGUAAACACGACAUUAAAAAAGCCUCACUUGAUGUGUUCUUUUGUCACCGGACAUGAGGUUCUUAGAAUUCACAUCUACUUAUUCACUGAGCCAUUCCCAUGAAUGGACGCUAUAUCCCCUUUGAAUAAUACAGUUGCAUGGUCGGGACAUGAGACUUGUUCGACACGAAGCCAUGUUUAAGAUCGAUCCUUCGAGUGAACUAAAUAGUGGUUAUAUUUUAAGGCAAGAAAA